UAUUUAUUAUAUUAUACCGGUUAUUUUAAAAGAGGUGAGAAUAUAGAUUACUUAUCCAAUUUGUGAUUUCUGCAUGAUAUAAGCUGUAAAUAAAAUGGCAGACAAAAACCAGGAAGUUAUUUCCGGAGAGGAUAUUAGCCAGAAAUCUGGGGACACUGUGCAGAUGAAGCAGAAUGAACCACCGCCACAGGAUGUUGUUGAAUUAUGUAGAGAAACAUUUAAGAAAACUGCAGAGUAUCUAAAGGGAGAAUUAGAAGGUACAGUUGAAGAUUAUAAGCUGUUAGAAACAAUGAACAAAGUAACUGUAUCAAAAUAUUCUGAAAUGAAACACGCAGCACAAGAUAUUGGGGCAUCUCUACAAACUCUGAAUGAAAAAUACACUAACUUGCAGCCAUUCCUGGACCAGAUAGAUCAAAUUGAAGACAGCGUGUCCUCACUAGAACAAGCAGCAUAUAAGUUAGAUGCUUACUCUAAAAGAUUAGAGGCAAAGUUUAAGUCCGGAGAAGAAGAAGAAUUUUUUACGGGAAGCCAGACUAGAUAUUAA